AUUAAUCUCUUCCCGUCCGGCUCAUUGCCGAUAAACGGCCGGACGGGAGCGCUGCCGAUGCGGGUGGACGUUUCUAAAACAUCCCCCCCACAUCCACUGCCUAUGCGUUCUCCCUGGGAGUGCGCGGCACCGCGAUCGAUGGCCGCUGUAUCCUCUGGAACACCGAUCGCUGUACAGGAACUCUCUGCGAGGUCCCGAUUCGUGUGAUCGCUGAUUGGCCAAGUAAACAUUGUGUACUACUUGUGAAAUCUCCAUUGAGAACUACUGUGAGAGCUGUGAUUGGUCACAGCUUGUCACAUGGUACAAGGC